AUGGAUCUCUACGCGAAGAUGCGCGCCAUGGGCGCUCCGCCCGUCAAGAGAGCGAAAGCCUGUGCCCCCCGCCCUUCGUGCAAGCCAGAGAUCGCCAUGGACGACGAGAUGCAGCAGCAGGAUUCGCUUCAGGAGAUUCAAGCAUCAAUCGUCCGCCCCCUGGUCGAGCCUAAGAUCGAGGAGCUCAGGUUGGAUGCAGCUGGCCCUCUCACUCCAGUCCAAGCGUCGCCCACUGCAGUGAAGGCUGGGUUCCCCAAGAAGCGGAAGGUCACCGCACUAAACCACAAUAGGAUCAGCUCACGGACCAGCCAUGCGAUGACGCCCGUGCCGACGAAGCUCAUGCAGCUGGAGUCGCAGAUGACGGGCCUCGUGCUGCGCGGGGUCAAGGAGCAGAUCUUGGCAGCGGUCGUGCCUGGUGACGUGGACGUGGCCUUGCGGAAGAAAUUGUACUCUGCAAUCUCACGGGCGCUCAGUCGCCCGAAUAUCCCGUCAGAGAUCGUGGCCAAGUGGGAGGCUGACUCCAAGAAGAACGCCAGCAAAUUCGCCUUUCUACAGGCGUAUGUGCAGGAUACGAGCUGCGCGGUCAUGGUCAUCCAGGAGAGGCACACCAGGACGAAGUCGGUCUACAGGGAGAAGACCAUGAUAUGGGCAACUAAGUUUCAAGUGUAUGCGAUGUACCCUGCCCACGCGAGUGAGGAGACGAUGCAAAUUUGCAACGACAUGCUGAAGCACGCCAAACAGAGGUGCAGCGAUGACGCCAAGCACAAGCGGGACAAGAGGUUCAACAUCUACUACGUUCCACUCGCCAACAUCGAGGGCAGCAAGGACGAGGUUGCCCGCCAGACCAGCGCGACUCUGACGGGCCACGUUGAUGAGAUGAAUGCUGGGAUGGCAGCAGAUCUGGUGAGGAGCUUGGGUCGAGGCAUCGAGAAGGAUGAGAAGCCCCACACCGAGAAUGACUCGGGCCCGACGCGGGCCAAAGCCAAGGCCAAGGCCAAGUCGGCUCCUAAGGCUGCCAAGAAGCCUGCCAACCUUUCCCCACGUUCUCUGACUACGGUGGUGAUCAACAAAUUGUCGGCGGACAUCUCGGCCAUCAACCGGGUGCUCAAGGCGUUGGAUACCUGCCAGAAUAAGUUCAAGCAGUCGGUGAUUGAUGCGAUCCAGAUCAGCGAGCCCAAGGUGACGUCUGCUCUUGCUACCUUCCACGAGCUGCUGCAAGGCGACCGACCAACCUUGUCGGACGUGGUCGAGAAGUUCCACUCCAUCAAAGGUGAUUCUGAUUCACUCAGCGAGGACUUGCUAGAGGCCCGAAGGAUCCUCGGCGAGAACAUCAAGAAGCCGACGUCUGUCUUUGACGGGCAGCUCGAGGCCAAGAUGAGGGCUGCGGAGGCGCAGCUCGACACGGCGGAUGGCGUCGACGCCGCUGCCGACCUCCAUGCCACGGAUGGCAAGGAGGAGUCAUGA